AUGGAAGCCGAAACUGUCGAGCAGGCACAGGCGCGCCACCGCAAGGAGCUCAAAGACUUGCAAGGCCGCAUCACAAAUAAAAAGAAGAAUGCGACCAAGAAGACGCGAAAAUCUAUAAAUGACGAGUGCGCAGGGCUGGAGCGUGCCCUGCGCGCCAAGCAGAACGCCGAGAUUGCCCUGCUCAACGGAGACGCGCCAGCCGACGACGACGAUGAAGCGGACGACGCCAAGCAAACGCGACCGGAAGACGAUGACGAGGCGCUCGCCAAAGAAACCCACCAAAAGCUGAAAAUGCUAGCGGAAGCGGAGCUACCUACGGCACAAAGUACACAGCCGCAGGCCGGCAAGAGGCGCAACAGGCAAAAGGAGCGGUUGGCGCGCCGGGCGGCGGAGCAGGAAGAAGCCAUGACCAAGGCGGAGCAGGAGGCGGCCACCAUGACGAACCACCGCGCCAUCGAGAACGCCUACAUGAAGAAGAAGAUGGAGGCCGAGGGCCUCGUGGAGCAGGACAUUGCGCCCGACGGGCACUGCCUCUUCUCCGCCGUCGCCGACCAGCUGCAGACCCAGCUGUCGAUCCCCCUGCGCACCGCCGCCGCCGUCGCUGCCGCGGGCGAGGAGAAGGAGCCCGCGUACAAGACGGUGCGGCGAGAGGCGACGGCGUUCAUGGCGGCGCACGGCGACGACUUUGCGCCGUUCGUCGAGGGGGACUUUGGGGCGUACCUGGACCGCAUGCGCAGCACGGCGGAGUGGGGAGGCGAGCCCGAGCUGAUGGCGCUGGCGCGAGCGUACAAGGUCGGCAUACGCGUGGUACAGGACGGCCGGACACAGGAGAUUGGGCACGGUGACAGGAUCAUGUGGCUGGCCUACUAUCGGCACGGCUACGGCUUGGGCGAGCAUUACAACUCUCUACGGCGGAAGUGA